GCCGGGAGGACGAGGAGGAGGAGCGAGGAAGAGACAGACCGCGUGCGCUGGGCAGUGGACAGCAGCAGUCCAUCUGGAGGAAGAGGGAGAGGGACUGACUCAGGGAGGCGUGUGUGGGCUAGGUGCGAGGGAGAGGAGGAACGAGCGAGAUCUGGACCGGUCGUUUUUUUUGUGCGGCGCACAUUUCCGGUCAAAACUCUCGGCUGAGUGUGUGACGCGUGGGCUGUUUCGUGCGUGUUUAGUGUGUGUGUCGUGUGUUUGUCGUCCCCGGUGAUGUAGCGGCGCGUGUCGGUGGAUUGAUGCUGCGUCAUUGAGAACUUGAGAGCGCCGAGAGUGGACUUUUUGAGAGCUGCUGUCGGGCGAGUGAGUCAGACGCCGCGCGCUGGACCGCGCCGGCCGGUGCGCAGCCACAGUGACCCGCCGCGGCUCUUAAACCCCGAGAUCAGCUCAGCUGAGCGCUGCCAGUCUGCUCCGAGUGCUCCGACGAGAGUUCCUCCUCCAGAACGAGCUCUUGUGCGCUGCUGUAAGCUCUCGGAUACAUUUAGUUGAGUCUUAGCUCUUCGCUCUCUCUCUCUUUCCCUCUCUCCCCCUCCCUCUCUCUCUUCAUUCAUUCUCUCGCUGUAUUGAUCGUCUGUUCAGUGCAUGGCUCCUCUCCCUGGCUCUCUGCGACUAAUAGGCUUUUUUAUGGGGUGCUGUCCGACAGGAACCACUAGAGUAUAGCUCUCUACACACGCACACACAUGCACACAUAUAUACGCACAUGUGUACACACACACUCACACACACACACACACACACGCAGUGAAUAGGGAAUGCAUGCAUGUUGAGGUUUUUUUUUUUUCCCUGACUGACAAUCAUCAGUGGAAGUGGUGCUGUAGUUGUAUUACUAUGCAGACUCUGCCUCCUUCUCUUCCCAUAACUACUUCAGUAGUCUGAGUUGGAGCAGCACUUAGCAAUCUGUUUGCACUUCUUUGUUAUUCUCUCUCUUUUUGUACUUCUCUGUGGCUUUGUCAUUCGCAGUCUCGCCGUUGCCUGCGUGUUCUUUUGUUUGUUUGAUUGUUUUGUUUGGUAUCUUUUUCUUUUCUUUUUCUCUCGGCACGAACUUUAAAAAAGAAAAAAAAAAACCUUGAUGAUGAUGAAAACAUCAAUGUUCCGAGAGACUUGCAGGACACUUAGUGAGAAGAACGACUGUUUGCUCAGUUCAGACGAAGAGACUUUCAGGAGACCGAUCGAAUAGCAUUUAAACAAAACAAAGCUUUUGCGUCUCUGUUUCGGCUCUCAGACGGCAGUCGGGUGCGCUGCCCAUGGAGCUGGUCCCCAAAACCAAGUACAGCCCCUUCCGGAGCGAGUCCCUGAGCUCGACCGACGAGAGCAACCCCCCCUCGCUGCCGUCCUCGGCCCCCCUGUCCCCUCUCACACCCCCGGGCAUCCCCCCCUCGCUCUCGUCCUCCUCCCUCACCCCCAUCCUGCCGCCCGCCUCCCCGCGGCGGCCAGCCGAGAGCAGCCCCACCACGCUCUGCUCCUUCUUCCCCAGGAUGGGCGCCCUGCGUCUGGGCGUCUCGGCCGGCUUGCUCCCCGGCCUCCGGGCCUCCAGCAGGCCGGGCACCGGGGAGGCCCGGGUGGCCGAGGACGGAGGGGGGGUGGAGCCCCCCCCGGCCCCCCUGGCUCCUCUCCCGGCGCUGCCCCUGCUAACGGCCCACUCUCCGCAGGACAUGAACCGGCUGGGCGGAGCGUCGCGGCGCGUGCGCGUGGAGGGCGGUCAGCUGGGCGGCGACGAGUGGACGCGCCACGGCUCCUUCGUCAACAAGCCGCAGCGCGGAUGGCUGCACGCCGACAACGUGGUCAGCUCCACCGGCGUCUCCUACACAGUCAGGUACAUGGGCUGUGUGGAAGUGCUGCAGUCUAUGAGAGCUCUUGACUUUACCACCAGAACUCAGGUCACCAGAGAGGCAAUAUCUGUGGUGUGUGAAGCCGUACCAGGUGCCAAAGGAGCGCAGAGGAGGAGAAAGCCCACCACGCGAUGUUUGUCCUCCAUCUUGGGCAAGAGCAACCUGCAGUUUGCAGGAAUGACAAUCAGCCUCACAGUCUCCACAAGCAGCCUCAACCUACUGGCAGCUGACUGCAAACAGAUUAUCGCCAACCAUCACAUGCAGUCAAUAUCCUUUGCGUCUGGAGGAGAUCCAGAUACAGCAGAAUAUGUAGCCUACGUAGCUAAGGACCCUGUCAACCAACGAGCUUGUCACAUCCUGGAGUGCUCAGAGGGUCUCGCCCAGGAGGUCAUCAGCACCAUCGGUCAGGCCUUUGAGCUGCGCUUCAAGCAGUACCUGAAGAACCCGCCCAAACUGGUCACGCCACAUGACCGGAUGGCUCCAUUUGACGGUUCAGCGUGGGAAGAGGAGGAUGAAGAGGUGGCUCCUGCCCCUGAGGUGCCGUACUAUAACAACUUCCCCGGGAAACAGCCGCCCCCUGGGGGCUUGGUGGACAUGCGCACCCGACCGGGACACAGCACAGGGGCAACGCUGCCCUACGGACAAAACGACAUACACAAGCAGCCGCUGCCUCCACUCCCAGUGGGAGUGAAAGAAGGAGGGCGUGAAAUGUUUGAUGACCCCUCCUAUGUCAAUGUGGACAAGACCCGCCCCCCAGCAUCAGCAGCCAAUGGCAACGCUCAUAGAGAUGCUUUUGAUAUGAAACCGUUUGACGAUGCGCUGGGCAUCUCCGGCGUGCCCGGCUCGGUGGCGCCCCCGCUGGCCGAGCAGCUGCAGAGCGAGCCCUGGUUCCACGGGCCGCUGAGCCGCCGGCAGGCCGAACGGCUGCUGACGCGCGACGGCGACUUCCUGGUGCGCGAGUCCGGCACCACGCCGGGCCAGUACGUGCUGACGGGCCAGCAGGGCGGACAGCCCAAACACCUGCUGCUCGUGGACCCAGAGGGAGUGGUGCGAACCAAAGACCACCGUUUCGAGAGUGUGAGCCACCUGAUCAGCUACCACAUGGACAACCGGUUGCCUAUCGUCUCGGCGGGAAGCGAGGUGUGCCUACAGCAGCCAGUCGAGCGCAGGCUCUAAGCGGCCCAGAGCCGGCCCAAGCUUGCCAUCCACCGGCCUGAGGCCGGACGCCCCCCUCUCAACGACCAGCGCGUUGGCACGUCACACCACCUUCAUCCCUCACCCAUCCUCUUCCUCCUCAUCCUCAACUCCUCCCCCUGCUCAACUAACACCUUAUUUGACCAGACUGUUGGUGGAAAACACUCCAUUUUAGUGCAAACAAACAAACAAACAAAAAAACAUUUAAAAGUUCUUUAAAGCGAUGCAGUGAUGACUAACAAACACAACAGGGACGAGACAGACACACGUUUCAAAGAAAAAGAAACGGCCAAAAAUAUGAUGUGACUGUAUCAACUGACCUGGGACAGUUGAAAACUUUACAUAAAACAUAAGGACUUGCAGUUUGAACUCCAAAGAGGACAUUUCAGUAAAAAAGAACAAAUGCGAUGACAAAAAAGCAUUUUAAAACCAACCCAAAGACUUGUCAGAUGUUAUGACAUUCUCAGCUGUUUUUCAAAGGUUUUUGUUAAAUGAAAAAAAAAAAACAAGCAUUAACCCAAGUCAAUGGAACGGAGCAAGCCAUCCGCAACUGUUGAUGUCAAUGCCCCUCUUAUGAAUAUGCAUACGUUUUCUACCUUAUAGAAUUAGAAACGUUCACCAUACUCUCCCCCUUGAAGCCCGGCCAGUUCAGAGGGGCUGGCCAAACCACCAUUUCAGAAAGACUGUGAAGAGAUUUGUUUUUCUUCAUCUUCCUAUAGGAAGGACAAACCAUAGGAAUAGUCACCAUAUCCCCAAAUGAACCAUCUCCAACAUGGAAUAAUGUCAUUCUCCACCACAGAGCGAUGCCAAGCUAAGUUCCCCAUAUGCAAAUGAAGGGAGCUGGAGUGUGUGUCUGCGUGCGUGUGUGUGUGUGUAUGUAUGUGUGUUUUUUUAAUGAGUAUUGAUGCCAUGACAAUUCUGGUGAAGUUGAUGGAAAAAGGGAUCUGUAUGGUUGGACUAUGGUAUGUGCCUCCACAUACGUUGGAUUGUUCUUAGGCUAAACAAAAGGAAGGAACAAUAGGAAGACGUUUCCUCUCCCUGACCCUCACAACACUCCCGCCCCCCCCCCCCCCCCCCCCCCCCUGCCCCUCUUAUCCUUCUAGCGAUGCCUCAUCCUGCUCUGCCCCUCCUCACCCCACAGAACCCCCUGUUGGCCAUCCACUUUACGCCUGGUCGAAAAUCACCACCAACCCCCCAGCCAGAGCCCCCCUCAGUGACCCCUCUGCCAAAGCUCGGAGCUGGAGCUGGCGUUGGGUGGCAGGACGGGUGGCGAUGGGUGGUGCCGCUGUGCCAGCUGUCCGGGGCUGCGUGGCUGCUCAGAGACUAAACACUGGCAAGGACAAUGCCGGAGGCUGGAAGGAGCUUCUGCUGGGUGUGGAUGGGAGCAAGCCAGAGAGAGAGCGAGAGAGAAAAGAGACUGAGACUGAAUACUGUGCUGCCCUGAGCCAAUCAUGACUCAGCUUGGGGGCCCGUUUAUGAUGUCACCUCAAAGGGAAAAAAAAAAAAAAAAAAUCAACAUCUGUACAGUGAUGUCAUAUGGAAGCGCCUCAAACCAUCCAAAGAGAUGUAAGAAAAGAAAGUUAAAAGCAUCCGAGGACUCGUCAGAUAAGCCAUGUCGCCGUGUUCUCGCUUUUCCUUUUUUUUUAUACUCGUAUUGGUGAAUGGAAUUACAUGUUUUUUCAGCAUCGACAAUCUGUGUACAUGAGUACAUGUAUCUUUUAGGGAAAACAUGAAGAGACUUCACCGAAUGCACAUGCCCUGUGCUUUCAGCCAUAUUUGCUUUCACGAUAGCACCUGUAUAUCUAAAUGCCCAUGCACACUGUAGCAUUGCAAUCUGCACCACUCAUCUGAAUAUCCCGAAAGAAGAGAAAGAGACAUUUCGAGGUGGAAUUUAGCGGAUCGAAGUGUGCGGCAUUUGGAGGAGACGUGUCAGUGAUUCUCCACUCUUUUUUCCCCUCCCUACUCAUUUUUUUUUUUAUUUCUCUCAGAUUGUGCCUUUCUUUUUAGAGGAACCUGUGAGCAGAGGUUGAGAUGUGCAGUAAAUCAGGAAGACAAGGAAGGAAGGACACAAAGACUGUGUUCCAGUUUGCAUACUUCUAUACUUACGAUAGGCUACCUAAUAUGACUGCUAUUCGGUAUUGUAAGUACAGAAGUAUGCAAAUUCGGAACACAGCCAAAGUAGUGAAAGAAGGAAAAAUACAAAUGCUGCAAAGGUUCCAGUGGUUAGCUUCAGGUGAUGCUGAUGCUUAGCCUCGAUUCUGAACUCCUCCCAUUUCAGUACGCUAAUCCUUCUUACAAUGCUGGUGUGUUAUGCUAAAAAAGAAAUAUAUAAAAACGAGAAAUGCUGCUUUUUAUCAUUCGGUUUUAUUUAAUUUGGGAGAUUUGGGGUAGUGACCCUUUGCUCCUCAUUGGUGCAACUAGCAAUGGUGUGGUCUGUCAGUAAAGACCCAUUCGCAGGCAGAUGUGAGUGAUGAUCAGCUAUAACUGAGUCAGUCAGGGAAAGCUGCCCCCAAGUUACUCAGCAACACAAGCUGCUUUUAAAAGAGACUCCUCAGCCCCUUUCAUUUGGCCACUAAAGCAAACACACUUCAAGAGGCUGUGAUUGAGCUUGAAAUUCCCUAGCUCUUAACUUCAGAUCUGUAGGAUUCCUCACAAUGACUAAAUGUAGUCCAAUUAGAGUACAAUACAAUACAAUACAUUUUUUGGAACUCUUUAAAGUAAGCUUGGUGGUGUGGCGUCAACUGUCUCUCUGUCUCGCACCAUUGGUCAAAUCUCAACUGGAACCAUGACAAUCAUGAUUGACCACCACAAUAUGGCAUGCAGCCAGCAGCAGUGAUUUGGUGUAGUGUUGUAAAUGAUGUUGGUGCAUUAUUGUACAGAUAGCCAUCAUUUUAGUGUCUGUACUUCACUUGGCGGACUCUUGCACAGGAAAACGGUUUGCUGUGUCUUUUUGCCCCUGUCAUUUGUCGUGUUACUCUCUUUGUUUUUAUUUUUGUGUCAUCAAAAGAACACACUUUGCUCCGAUUUGUUAAAAAGAUGGAUGGGUCAUAAGGACCCUGGAAGGAGCGAGCCAGUGCCUUGCAGAAGUGGACUGGUCAUGAGCUGAAACAGAAAGAGCUGAUGGAUCCUGACACACUAAUGGAUGGAUUUAGUAGGAGUGAGUGAGGGGAGUAAUGUCAUCCUGUCACUGAGGCCUUCAUUGCAUGGAAACGAUUUCAAUGUUGCCGUAGUGAAGUUGUUUGGUGAUGUUUGUUGUAAUGUUUCCUUUCUCCUUUCUAAUUUCCAAGCCAAAGGUUAGCUUUUUAAGUUAGUCAGCACAGAUAUUACUGUUUUAUUUUUAUUCUGUUUUAUUACCCUUUUUACAUUAUUGUGUUUGGGAAAAGUUCAUGUUUACACUUGUAUCUGGACAUAUAAAAUCACAUAUAAUCUCA